UGGAAACCAUGAUGACAUUGGUGCCAACCAUGGUAUAUAAGUAACCUGCAAUAUUUGCUCUUCUGUUUCACGCACCAAUCGUUAUGACAGAGCAAGUAUUUCGCCUUAUUCCUGCAACGCAAAGCUACCCAUGGGGAAAGAAAGGGAGCAAUUCCCUGGUAGCUCAGCUCGCUGACGGUGCAGGCAUACCAGAUUUCAAAAUAGAUGAAUCAAAACCCUACGCAGAGUUGUGGAUGGGAACUCACCCCAACGCCCCAACGCGAGUCCUUUCGACCGGACACCUGCUUUCAGAGCAUCUCGUUGCUCACCCAGAACUCGUCGGGGAAUCUGUCAUCAAGAGAUUCGGUUUGGAAAACGGACAACUUCCAUUCCUGUUCAAAGUCUUGUCCUUCGACAAGGCGCUUCCCGUGCAGAUUCAUCCUGAUAAGCAGACUGCGGAGCACAUACAUUUAGAGAACCCCAGGGCGUACGUAGACUCAAAUCAUAAACCAGAGAUGGUUCUAGCGCUCUCAGAAUUCACCGCCCUGUGCGGCUUCCUCCCUACAUUCCAAGUCUCUGAGUUCCUCUCUGUCGUACCAGAGUUCGCUUCCCUCUUCCCAAGCGAUAUUGUACAGAACUUAAAGUCAGUGGCGCGUUCGCCCGACGAAUCAGAACGCAAAACAGCUCUCAAAGAACUUUUAUCGUCCUACGCAAAUGUAGAUAACGAAAAGGCUUCGGUACAGCUCAAGCUUCUCGUAGAGAGGUAUCGAGCCGGACAGGAAUCAGACGAAGAAAAGACAGUAAAAUCCCUCGUUUUACAGCUGCAUGACAUGUACCAAGACGACAGCGGCGUCUUCUGCGCCUUCAUACUCAACUACUUCAAUUUAAAGCCUGGACAUGCCUUCUCCGUCGCUACAGGCGAGCCCCACGCAUACAUCACAGGAGACAUCAUCGAAUGCAUGGCAACAUCCGACAAUACCAUCGCUGUUGCUUUUUCCCCACCAGAACAACGCGACGUCCAGAACUUCCUCUCAAAUGUCCAAUACAACCCAACACCAGGCAAAACGUUCAUCCAGCCAACGAUGUUCACCCGCGGGAGCACGCACACGAACGGAUCGCUUCUAUACAACCCACCCAUCUACGAACUAGCAGUCAUGCAAGUCAUCGCGGCGAAAGGAGGCACCGAGAGCCAUCAUAAGCUGAGAGGGCCGAGUAUCGCUGUCGUCAUCGAGGGCGAGGGGACGGUGGUGUGGGCCGAAGGAGCGAAGAGGCUAGGUGUGAAGAAGGGGCAGGUGGUGUUUAUUGCUGCGGGGACUGAGGUUAAGUUUUCAGCGUUUGAGACUUCGUUCAAGCUUUAUCGGGCUUUUGUGGAGGUUGGUUAGAGCCUUUGGGAUGUUGGCACGUGUUUAAUUUGGUUGUUUUGUCGAGGUGUGGCUAGCGUAUAAUCUGUAAAGGAUUACCCAUUUGAGAAGUUGUAUCUGUUGAUGACCAUUCUUCUACCGUUAUCGAAGGGAAGAUUUCUUUGA